AUGUUAGCUUGUGUGUGUCAACCUAUGGAGACAGCUUUAUUAUUUAACGGAGGACCACCUGUCACUAUGGGGCCACUUGGAACCAGUGGUAAAAUGCGUCACAACACGUCCAAUGUUAUAAAGGCAAUUCAAAUGCUGCCUAAAUCAGAACAUCGCUUUAGUAUAGACGAAAAGGAUAAUCCUGUUUCCUUAACUUCGCUAUCAUCAUUAAUGGACUCGUCAGGAAGCCUUCUUAAUCUGAGAAAAAUUGAGCGCAAAGCAAAGUCAACAAAAAUAUUAGUGAAUCCCGUAUGUUUGGAUAGUGUAAGCAGCGGUGAUGAUAAUAAUCAAUCGAAAACAGCUAUGUCUAAAUGGAAUGGUAAAAAGAAACGGUUGAAGUCAACAAAAGAUAGUAAAAAAGAUGAAACCGAAUCAAAUGAUUCAGAGAAUCAUUAUGAGGCUAAGAAAGAUAAAGAAACGGUAUCUUGCUUCAAAAUCAAAAGUUCAAACGAUAAAACACACGACAUUACAAAAGGAAAUGAAUGCUGCACGGAUAAAAAAACAUCUGACAACACCAAGCCUAAUAAAUCGGACGUAACAAACCAUACAAUCAAAAAUAAUAGCGUUAUAUUGAUCAACAAAGGCACAUUAGGUGAUACUAAGACAGUUAAAAAUGAACAAUUAAUUAUAGAGAAGACUGAUCGCGCAGCAGUGGACCAUAGUAAUGAGGUAAGUCCUUUGGAACACAUUUUCAUUAGACGUUAA